AUGGAUAUAAAUCCCGACCGCUUCGAAUCCAUUUUCCCCACUGUUCUCGAAGACGCGCUCAGCUAUGCGAAGAGCAUACAUACUCCUCCUGAAGCUUUAAGCUGGCUCCGCAAGAACAUAACCCACAACACCACAUCUGGAAAACACCUCCGCGGGCUGCUCAUCCCCAACACUUACGCCCGCACCCUUUCCCGCCCACUCACCUCCCCCGAAUACACCCUCGCCGCAAAACUCGGCUGGCUGGUCGAAUUCCUUCAAGCCUCGUUCCUCGUCCCCGAUGACAUCGAAGACCAUGAUACCUUUCGACGAGGGAAACCCUCCUGGCAUGCUAUUCCGGGUGUCGGGCUCAAGGCUAUUAACGAUGCUGCGCUGUUGCAAAGUAUUGUGUAUUCUUUGCUGAAGAGGUAUUUGAAGGGAAAGAGUGGGUGGUAUGUUGAUGUGGUGGAGUUGUUUCAGGAGGUGGUGUUUCGGACGGAGUUGGGGCAGAUGGUUGAUUUGGUUUCCGUCACUAGUCGUUCUUCUAGGGGUAGAGAUGGGAAGGGGGGAGUGCAUGGGUUGACAAAGGGGAAGUGUGAGACGAUUGCGAGGAUGAAAACAGCGUAUUAUAGUGUGUAUGCGCCUGUUGCGGUGGGGUUGUAUUUGGGGGGUGUGGCGACGGGGGAGAAUUUGGAGAGGAUGAGGGGGAUUGCGGUGCGGUUGGGGAUGUACUAUCAGGUGCAGGAUGAUUAUUUGGAUAGUUUUGGGGAGAGGGGGAGGUUGGGAAAGGAGGUGGGGAGGGAUAUCAAAGAUGGGAAGUGUAGUUGGUUGAUUGUGGAGGCUUUGAAGAUGGUGGAUGCAGGGCAGAGGGCGGUGUUGGAGGAGUGGUAUGGCCAAGGGGAGGGGGAGGGGGUUGAGCGGGUGCAGGGAGUUUUUAGAGAGGUGGGGAUGGAGAGGGCUUUUAGGGAGUUUGAAGAGGGGGUUAUUGGGGAGGUGAGGAGGGAUGUGGAGGGUAUAGAUGAGAGUAGUGGGUUGAGAAAAGGUAUAUUUGUGGAUAUUAUCGAUAUUAUGUACAGGAGAGAUAAGUAA